CAAAAAAGCAUUCGCAAAUAAAGGUUCAAAUUCCCUCGCCGUAUCGGCUUCGAAGCCGUAAGGCAUGCUCCCGACCUCCUUCGCGACCUGAGAUUCCAAUCGUCGAAGCUCUCACAGCGACGAAUCGAACACGCACAGAUACAGAAAGAGAGAGUGAUAGAGAAAGCAGGGAGAGAGAAUGGGCUGCAGAAACAGAGAGUUUUUGGGGCAAGAAAGCGACGCCUUACUCUUCGCCACCAUGUGCAUCAUUGGCCUCCCAGUCGAUGUUCAUGUCAAGGACGGUGCGAUUUAUUCUGGAGUAUUCCACACCGCCUGUGUGGAGGACGACUACAGUAUUGUGUUGAAGGAAGCAAGGAUGACUAAGAAAGGGAAUUCCGACGCUAAUGUAGCAAGUGGGGAACUGAUAGAAACACUUGUGGUCCAAUCAGAGGAUCUCGUCCAAGUGGUUGCAAAGGGAAUUUUGCUUCCAGCGGAUGGCAUUACUUGCAGUGUUGCUGGCCAUGAUGGAAUGGAUAUUCCCAGCACUGUUCCUUCCCUAGAAUGUGCAGGCAGAGAGGAAAAAUUGAAACAAUCCAACAACAACAACAUGGACAGAAAGCAAACUAGUCGGACAAGGAGACAACCCCAAAUUGAGAAUGGAAUUGCUCAGGGGUUUACACAUACAACCAAGCGCAAUCCAGGCAAUUCUUUAUCAGUUGAGAAUGGGACGUCAGUUGGUGUACACUCUAUGAAGAUGGAUGUAGCUUCCAGUGCAGCAGUUAAUGGAAGAGAGGCUAGAGAUGGGAGGUCUCAAGAGAAACAGUUUCAUUAUCAACAGAAGUCUAACUUUCAAAAGGAAGAAAGUACACGUGAAGCUCAAGGCUCGGUUCCAAGCUUAGAUGCUUGCUCUGCUCAGUCAAUAGCUGUUGAAGAAAUUGAACGCGAUACAUCAUCCAAGCAGCUACAAAGUGGUGCACCAUCUGAACGUCCUGCUCCUGUUAUCAAACUGAAGGAUCAAGGGGGCACUGCAGAAUCCUGUGUCAAUUUAUCAAUUCCAAAUGGGAUGGCUCCUCCAAAAAGUUCAAGUUUGACUUCUAAGGAAUUUAAGCUCAACCCUGGGGCAAAGGUGUUUUGUCCAUCAUUUGCCAAUCAUAGAUCAGUGACUCCUCCAGCAGUGCCAGCAGUUGCUAAUGUGACUUACAUCCCAGACAACUUCCCUGUGGUGCCUAUUGCUAGUCCACAGCCAGAAGCAGACAUCAGUUCUUUUGUUCCUCGUUCAUCUCUGCCUGUUAAGUUUGUUCCCUAUGGUAACUUAAUGGCCGGAAAUGGUGACAGUGAUUCUCAAUAUCCUCAACCGGUUAUUGGACAUGUGGGGGACAGGACCCAGCUGGCGACUUAUGCUGGUCACCAUCAUCCUAUCCAAGCAGGGCCCACGUAUAUGCAUCCAAAUUUCCAAAAUGUUAUGGUUGGACGAUCGGGGCAGCUUGUUUAUAUGCAUCCUGUUUCUCAUCACGUGAAUCAGGGUGUGUCAGCUUUCUCUCAAGUAUCUACACGCCCUUUGCUGACUUCACACCAGGGCCAUCUUCCCAAGCACCAAGGGACUCCAGCACCUCAAGCAUUGCAGUUGUGUGUGACCCCAUCCUUUAUAGCUGGUGGACAGCAGCAAUUUACAGUCCAAAACCACUUCCCUCUUCCGCAGCCGCCGGUGCCAGUUAUUCGUCAUAUCCCGGUCCCAGGAUCUAACGGUAUAUUCGGCACAAAGUUUCCAUAGGCAUGUUCUCUUUUAUGACCACCUCACAAAGAAAUUUUUUUUCUUGCUACCAAAAUUUUGACUGUCGCUCAUUUGAUCGAAGAACUAUCAAUGAGUAUAUAUUUUGUGUCUCAGUAGAGGUUAGAGAAAGGGGGGGGGGGGGGGGGGGGGAGAGAGAGAGAUUAGUGUAAAGUUCUAAUGGUAUUCGAAAUUAUUGGGAAAUUCUUUCUGUAAAAUGGGAGUCCUAGACGGACUUGGGUUUUAACAAUCAUGUUGAAGGGAAGAGCGCAAGUUCUUGGGGCUCGAGGAAGUUUUUUUUUUGUUUUGUUUUGUUUUGGUUUUGAAUUGUAUGGUAAAAAUAAGAUCAUGUUACAUUGGAAACUUUGGGCACCAUUUAGUAGAGAAAUAGAGUGUUGUGAUUUGCAGUGUACAAAAGAUUCAGUUUUAUGGUAGAAAUUAUCAUUUCAACGCUGUAACACUCUUGAGGAGGAAUAUGUUCUUUUGUUUUUUGAAAUGUUUAAUUGGUUAAACAUGACAUUGAGACUUGCUUACU